CCAUGGCAACCGCCUUCAGCAGCGACGGCGAGGCCGCACUGCGGCGGGCGCUGGGCCCGGCACCGGCACCGCCACCGGCACCGCCACCGCGGGGCGACCUCGACGGCUUCUACGAGAUGGGCCGCGCCGCCGCCUUCGUGCGGGCCGGCGGGUUCCGCAAGGUCGCCCUCCAGUUCCCCGACGAGCUCCUGGCGGACGCGGCGGCGGUGGCGGCGCGGAUGGAGGCGGAGACCGCGGCUGAGGUGUACGUUCUAGGGGACACCACGUACGGCAGCUGCUGCGUGGACGAGGUGGCCGCGGAACACGCGGGCGCCGAGGCGGUGCUGCACUACGGCGCGGCCUGCCUCAGCCCCUGCAGGAAGCUCCCGGUGCUGCACAUCUUCGGGAAGCAGCCCUUGGAUAUCGGGCGUUGCGCAGAGGCCUUCCGGGAGCUGUACCCCGACCGGCAGAGCCGUGUGGUGGUGCUGAGCGAUGUGGUCUAUGCCCAUGCGAUGGGUGAGCUGGAGCAGCAGUUGUGCCCUGAGUACCCCAAUAUCAUCUUCUCCAGGGUGGUGUGUGGAAACCCUCCUGACCCCGCACCGCCCGGGGAGGAGCGGCGGUUCGGUCGCCAGUUCCUGGUGGAGGCACCGGGAGGGCUGCAGGACUGCGCCAUGUUCUAUGUGGGUGCCGAGAGCCUGGCUCUCACCACCUUCAUGCUGACCUGGAACCGCUGUCCCUUCAGCUCCUUUGAUCCCGCCACCGGCUGCGGCCGCCGUGAGACCCUCAAUGUCAACCGGGCCCUGAUGCGGCGGCUCUACCUGGUGGAGCGGGCCCGGGAUGCCCAAGUGGUGGGCAUCCUGGUGGGCACCCUCGGUGUGGCGGGCUACCUGGAUGUGCUGCAGCACCUCCGGGAGCUGCUGCGCGGGGCUGGCAAGCGCAGCUACACGCUGGCGGUGGGGAAGCUGAAUCCUGCCAAGCUGGCCAAUUUCCUGGAGGUUGAUGUCUUUGUCCUGGUGGCCUGUGCUCAGAACUCCUUGCUGGACUCUAGUGACUUCUACCGGCCCGUUGUAACCCCCUAUGAGCUGGAGCUGGCCUGUAACCCAGCCCGUGAAUGGACAGGGAACUACCUCACUGACUUCCGAGACCUGCUGCCAGGUGCCUGUGCACACGUUGAGCUCCCACCAGCCAUCCCUGCAGCAGAGCGCGUUCCUGAUGUCUCACUGAUCACGGGGGAGAUGCGUGCCACCCACCUCUGCGACCCCCCAGCCUCCCAGCUGCCCCCCAGCACCGCCCUGUCCUGCAGGGACCAGACAUGUGCUCUUGCGGAGAUCAGCCCUGCUGCCUCCUUCCUGGAGUCCCGCAGCUGGCGGGGCCUGGAGCGGCAGCUGGGGCAGACGCCCGUUUCCAAGGCUGUGCAGGGCCGACGAGGGAUCGCUAUUGCCUAUGAGGAUGAGGGGCGUGAGCAGCCCUGAUUCAGCAGCAGCAUUGACAGCCAGCCAUGACCAGGGCCGUGUGGGGGCCCAGGCACUGCCUGCCACCACGUGUCAGGCCCAUGAGGGUCUCACAAGAGUGGACCUGCCACCAUCUGGCCCCGUGGUGGAUGUGGCCUUCAGUCAUAGAACCAUGGUGGGAGAGCAGGAGUUGCCUGUGUUUUUGGGGAUGCCAGCAGCACCCUGACACUCACAGUCAGGGCAGCAGAAGGGCCAGGUGAGGUGCUUGGCCCAGACACAGCCUCAAGGGCUCCCCAGGGCAGGGCAGCUUUGGUCCUACAUGGAAAGGUCACUGCUCCAUACAAGCCGGCAGCACCAGGGAGUGAGGCUUUUGUGGGUAACUGCUGCUAACUGAACGUGAACUGAACAGGACUUUUGAGUCCUUCUAGAAUAAAACAUAGGCUGAGGAACACAGGAGUGA